AUGAAGCGUUGGAGAUUGUCGGCGAUUCUGUUUCUAGGGUUUAUGUUGACUAGCCUGUCAACGGCGAGAUUCGUGGUGGAGAAGAACAGUUUGUCGGUCACUUCGCCGGAGAAAAUCAAAGGCAAGCACGACAGCGCCAUCGGGAACUUCGGAAUACCUCAAUACGGUGGUAGCAUGGCCGGAAACGUUGUUUACCCUAAGGAUAACAGUAAGGGUUGUAAAGACUUUGAUUCAUCUUUCAAAUCUCGUCCUGGUGCUCUUCCCACUAUCCUUUUGCUCGAUCGUGGAAGUUGCUUCUUUGCUUUGAAGGUUUGGAAUGCUCAGAAGGCUGGAGCUUCUGCGGUUCUUGUUGCGGAUGAUAUUGAGGAACCUUUGAUUACUAUGGAUACGCCGGAAGAGGAUGGAUCUUCUGCUAAGUAUAUUGAGAAUAUUACUAUACCUUCUGCUCUUGUUGGAAAGAGUUUUGGUGAGAAGUUGAAGGAUGCUAUCAGUGGUGGGGAUAUGGUUAAUGUUAAUCUUGACUGGAGAGAGUCUGUUCCUCAUCCUGAUGAUCGUGUUGAGUAUGAGUUGUGGACGAAUAGUAAUGAUGAGUGUGGAGUUAAAUGUGAUAUGUUGAUUGAAUUUUUGAAGGAUUUUAAGGGUGCAGCACAGAUUUUAGAGAAAGGAGGUUAUACUCAGUUUACGCCUCAUUAUAUAACUUGGUACUGCCCUCAUGCAUUUACGUUGAGUAAGCAGUGUAAGUCUCAAUGUAUAAACCAUGGAAGAUAUUGCGCUCCGGAUCCUGAGCAGGACUUCAACACAGGUUAUGAUGGGAAAGAUGUGGUUGUUGAAAAUUUAAGGCAACUAUGUGUUUUCAAGGUGGCAAAAGAAACAGAAAAGUCUUGGGUGUGGUGGGACUAUGUUACUGAUUUUCAAAUUAGAUGCCCAAUGAAGGAGAAAAAGUACAAUAAGGAAUGUGCAAAUUCUGUCAUUAAAUCGCUGGGUCUUGACACCGCAAAGAUUGACAAGUGCAUGGGAGAUCCUGAUGCUGAUACUGAAAAUUCUAUUUUGAAAGAAGAGCAAGAUGCCCAAAUUGGGAAGGGAUCACGUGGUGAUGUUACCAUAUUGCCUACUCUUGUUGUCAAUAACAGACAAUAUCGAGGUAAAUUGGAGAAAGGGGCCGUUCUAAAGGCUAUCUGUUCCGGGUUUGAGGAAACUACUGACCCAGCUGUUUGUUUGAGCAACGAUGUCGAAACAAAUGAAUGUUUGACAAACAACGGUGGUUGCUGGCAGGAUAAAACAGCUAAUAUCACUGCAUGCAAGGAUACAUUCCGUGGACGAGUAUGUGAAUGCCCCUUGGUUGAUGGGGUUCAAUUCAAAGGAGACGGUUAUACAACUUGUGAAGUUAGUGGACCUGGGCGUUGCAAGAUUAACAAUGGAGGCUGUUGGCAUGAUGCCCGGAACGGCCAUGCAUUUUCUGCUUGUGUGGAUGAUGGGGGAGUUAGAUGCCAGUGUCCUGCCGGGUUUAAAGGUGAUGGUGUAAAAAAUUGUGAAGACAUUGAUGAAUGCCAAGAUAAGAAAGCUUGCCAGUGCCCUGAAUGUAGCUGCAAGAAUACUUGGGGCAGCUAUAACUGCAGUUGUAGUGGAGAUCUUCUGUACAUCAAAGACCAGGAUACAUGCAUCAGUAAAACGGCCAGUCAGGCAAAAUCCACUUGGGCUGCUUUUUGGGUCAUUUUGAUUGCCUUGGCUAUGAUUGCUGGAGGGGGAUUCCUUGUGUAUAAAUAUAGAAUUAGGCAAUACAUGGAUUCUGAAAUCAGAGCAAUCAUGGCACAAUAUAUGCCCUUGGACAGCCAAGAAGAAGGUCCAAAUCACAUCAAUCAUCAAAGAGGUUGA